UCGUGAGGUCGAGUGGGCCGCAUCCACACAUCAUCGCCACACCUUUCAUCUUCAACGUCGUCUUGCUCGUUGGAUCGAUGCCUUUGCGCAUCCCAUCAGGCACCGAUGUCCAGCCUGCGCCCAUUCAGAUAGCCUCGCGCUCAUCGCCAUCUGUAUCCGCAACGACAACGUGCGCCCUCUGUCACUCGCGCCCUUCCAAGUACACCUGCCCAACAUGCAACUCGCCCUACUGCUCCUUAGCAUGUUACAAGGAUGAGGCAAAGCAUCGAGCUUGUGUGCAGGCUUUUGGUCAGAGGGAAGAAGACGAGAUCAGAAGCGUCAGCGCCAAGGAGAAGGCGAGGGAUGAUGAAGAUGAGGACAGUGGAGUGACGUCGGAGCAGCAACAGGAGAGGAGGAAGGUGCUCGAUCUACUGCGCAAGUGGCAGCUGGGCGGAGAUCAGACGAUGUCCGACUUGCCACAGGGCUAUCAAGAGGGCAGUGGCAAUGAUGAUGAUGACGCCUCAAUCGCAUCAUCAGAUCCUUCCAUCGAUGCCAGUCAGCUCCCUGAAAACGACGAGGCUCUUCUCGCUAUGCUCACAGAUGAGCAGCGCGCCAUCUUCUUCGACGCUAUUGAUGUAUCACAAGGAAAGCAGCGAUCUCAAGGCCAAGCGCAAGCUGGCAGCGAUCGAGCCAAGAAGCUUUGGGACAGGAUCGUCGAAGAUGAGCGUCGCCGCAACCAAAGGCGAGAAGCAGCGGAGGUCGAAGAUAGCUUGACCCCUUUGCACACGCGACAUAAGGCGGCGAACCUCUGGUGGCUGCUCCAGGAUGUCGCACGACAGCCGGAUAGUGCUGACUUCUCUGGCAAGGUAGCUGCGCUGGACUCCGCCCAGAAGCGGCCAACAACAUCAACCGCAGGCUUAGGGUUGGCCUGGAAUUGCGCAUGCCUCCUACUGGCAUACACCUACACCUUGCUGCACCUUGAUAUCCCUUCCUUCACAUCCCUCAUCGAAGGCGACGGCGGUGCAAGCUAUGAGCACCUCGCAUCGCACUCGCUGCGGCUUCUCCAGCGUCUCGCACCGUUUGUUCUGCCCAUGAAGACGGACUCUUCCGAAAGCAGGCUGCUCAUCGACUCUCCUUCAGCAGCAUCCGCCUAUCUGCUCUCGAAGUUAGGAGAUACCGAUCGCUCCCAGCGACCCAGUGCGCUGAUACUGGAGCUUUGGACUAGAGCCGCUAGCCUGUGGAUCAGCUCUAAAGCCGUGCUCGUCAGCGACGCCGCUAGACUGCCCCGCAGCUCCAAGACAAGCGUAGCCCUGGGUGACAUUUGGACUCUCUGUCAGUGGGGCAUAGCAAACAAGCAUCUACUGCCUGCAGGAGUUAGCAAGAAGACGCUGCAGAUGGCCUCGCACAAGCUCGUCUUUCUUGCGGCGCAAGUGGGCCGCUUGGCUCAGACGCCGGCAACAGGCGGACAGGGCAGCGCUACCGUCCAGCAGCAGCUUGUCCUUGGCAAGGAUCUCGAAUCUCUCCUGCCGUCGAGAGAUGGGCAGUCCAGUAUCGCAGCCCUUUCCUCUGCUCACAACAGCGCAGACGAGGAUCAGGUCGUCGUGAGGACGAAAAGGAGACGCGAAGCCAAGACGAUGGCAGACGAAAUCCUGGCUCUCCGCCAGGAGGUGAUGGCGCUCGAGGACGAAGAACGGCAGCAGGCUGCUUGGCGACUCAUGAGCGGUGACGUAACACCGUCCAUUGUGAAGCCGGAGAACCGCGUGAAUGUAUCGAAGGAGGAUACCACGAGGUCGCAGAGACCAGCCAUUGAGGUCGUGGAGCAGGAUGGGGAUCAUGAGGGUUCAGCUGCACCGGCUGCACCAGCAUCAACAGACGUGCCAUUCGCUGACCAAGGGCGCGAUCUGCAUCUCCAAGCUGCUAACACGGGCACUGUCGAAGAAGCCGAUUCUCGUGCUUCUCGACAUCCAGCGGCUGCUUCGUCAACGUCACCGCAAGCGCCUGCAAAGGCGAGCUUCGCCAGUCUCCGCAAGGCGAGAGCAGAGCGAUCGGCUGCAGUGCGUCUUACACCUAGCGAGGCGGCGGAUUGAGUCAACGAGGGGAGGGAAGCAGCCCAAAUGUGAUCCGAGUACGAGAAUGUAAGCAAUCUGUAAUACAAAGCAAGUGAGAUCGACCA